ACAGUCUUCUUUCCCUGAGCUUGAGACCGAGAAAAAUAGAGUUAUGGGGAGGAGAAUGGGAGGGCGAUCUCCCUCCGUCUUCAAUCGUGAUAUUCUUCUUCGUCGCCUCGAAUCCUGUAAGCACAAGUCGAGCCUCGAAGACAUAGUGGAGUAUCUGCGCUCAAGCUUCCCCGAUUACAGACGGAUCAAGCAACAACCCUUGACCAAGCACGUCCAGCAAACCCUUGAGUUCCAACAGAGAAGAAGAAAUUUCUCUGCUUUCACCUCCGAUGAAGUCGACGAAGACACGGACUCCAGAACACCCUCCUCAACCCCUGCUCGUAAGAAGCUCAAGAAGAUGGACGUUAGAGAAAAGAGGCUGCUCCAAACAGAAGCUGAGUACAUUCGAAGAAAGCAGAUGGAACAAGAUCGUCCUUCGACCUCAUCUGCGGCGUCAUCUUCUUCUUCUUCGGGUGAUGACGAUGAAUCAGACGGUUCUGUUUCGACUUCUGAAGAUGCAAUUUAUGAAGAGAAGGUGGAACCUGAGUUUGAUUUGAUGAAGUCAAUGCUUCGUUCAAGUUACAGUGCUUCGAAGAAUGAUAAUGAUACAAAGGUUAAAGCUGAGGAGAAGAAUUUGGAGGUGGAAGUUAUUAAUAAAGAGAAGAAGAUUGGUUUGAUUGGUGGAGACGGGAUUGAGAAGUUGAGUCCGAUGAAAUCUACGUAUUUGAAAACUUCUAGAGAGAGAGAAUUGAGUAAUGGAGAUGGAUAUGAGGUAAAGGGGAAGGAUGGACCGAGGUUUAGCGAUCUCGGUGGUAUUAAAGGGGUUUUGGAUGAGUUGAUGAUGGAGGUAAUUGUUCCACUUUACCAUCCACAGCUGCCUCGGUGGCUGGGAGUGAAGCCCAUGGCUGGGAUUUUGUUACACGGACCGCCUGGUUGUGGAAAGACGAAGCUUGCUCACGCAAUUGCUAAUGAAACUGGGGUCCCCUUCUACAAGAUUUCAGCUACUGAAGUAGUUUCUGGUGUCUCAGGUGCAUCAGAAGAGAAUAUACGUGACCUUUUUUCGAAAGCAUACAGGACUGCUCCAUCAAUUGUCUUUAUUGAUGAGAUUGAUGCCAUUGCAUCUAAAAGAGAUAAUCUUCAGAGGGAGAUGGAACGGCGAAUUGUGACACAGCUGAUGACUUGCAUGGAUGAAUCACACCAAAUUAUGAAACCAGUUGAUGUAGGUUUGAAUUCGGAAGCGUCUGAUUCCAGACCUGGUUAUGUUCUUGUGAUUGGAGCUACAAAUAGACCUGAUGCUGUUGAUCCUGCCCUCAGGAGGCCUGGAAGGUUUGACCGGGAGAUUGUUUUGGGUGUUCCAGAUGAAAAUGGACGGAUUGAGAUUCUGUCUGUGCUCACACGGAACCUUAGACUUGAAGGUACAUUUGAUCUUGCGAAAAUAGCCAGAUCUACGCCAGGAUUUGUUGGAGCUGACUUAACUGCACUUGCCAACAAGGCUGGUAACCUUGCUAUGAAGAGGAUUAUAGAUGGUAGGAGGUCUGACCUAGCCAGAGAACCCAAAAAUGGGGACCAUCUUGAAGAAUGGUGGAGGCGCUCAUGGUCACCUGAAGAAAUGGAAGGGCUCAGCAUCACAAUGGCUGAUUUUGAGGAAGCAGCUAAGAUGGUUCAACCUUCUUCAAGAAGGGAGGGAUUCUCGACAAUUCCUAAUGUCAAGUGGGAGGAUAUUGGAGGGCUUGAUGCACUGUGGAAAGAAUUUAACCGUUACAUUGUUAGACGUAUAAAAUAUCCUGAGGAGUAUGAGGAAAUCACAGAGGAUUUAGAGACAGGAUUUUUGCUUUAUGGACCUACCGGCUGCGGAAAAACAUUGAUUUCCCAAGCCGUUGCAAAUGAGGCAGGAUUAAAUUUCAUACACAUCAAGGGCCCAGAACUUCUGAACAAGUAUGUUGGAGAAAGUGAGUUGGCAGUUAGAACAAUAUUCAGUCGUGCAAGAACAUGCUCUCCUUGCAUACUUUUCUUUGAUGAGGUGGAUGCUUUGACAAAAACACGUGGAAAAGAAGGGGAUUCAGUUGUUGAGCGGAUUCUGAACCAGUUGCUCAUAGAGCUAGAUGGUGCUGACCAGCGGCAUGGUGUUUUCGUAAUUGGUGCUACAAAUAGGCCUGAGGUGAUGGAUCCUGCUCUCUUACGGCCAGGCAGAUUUGGGAAACUUCUUUAUGUACCUCUGCCUAGUCCUGAUGAACGUGGAUUGAUUUUAAAAACACUUGGUCGCAAUAAGCCUAUUGCUGAUGUUGAUUUGAUGGCCAUUGGGCAGAAGGAAUCUUGCGAAAAUCUAAGUGGUGCUGAUCUUGCAGCAGUGAUGCAUAAAGCUGCAAGGAUUGCACACGAAGAGAAACAAGUAUCAGGUCCAGGCACCUCAGAAUCAAAACGUCUGACCAUUAAGGCAACGCACAUUGAGCAAGCACUGGAGAACAUAUAUCCUUCUGUCUCAAAGGAGGUAUAGGAACUCUGUUGUGAUUACUUGAA